AUGUCAGUACUCUUCCCGGAUAAUCCGGGGACGAGUUUGGGAGAAGCUCGAUUCUCGAAUUUUACUCAAGAGAUCCCUGUGCAGUCCCCAUACUGGAUCGCGGAUAUUUUCCCGAACAACUCAUUCAUUGAUAGCGAAGCGCAUACGGCUAUUAAAGGAUUCUGCCGAGAUGUGUUACUCUACCAGUUACCUAUAGUUGGGUUUCGAUAUUGGGAUUUGGCAAUACUGUUACCUAAUCUGUUUUUCUUGUUAUUUUUGCUGUUAAAUGGAAGGCAUGUUCUGAAGAAGAUCAGCGGUUCAAAAAGUCCGGUGUUCAAAGCGUUUUUCGUAUUGGUUUAUCUAACUACCAUAAUGAACGUGAUACGAUGCAUAGUAUCAAUGUCUAUAAGUGCUACAAAUCCGGUUGGGGAACUCGUUGAUAAGAUUCUUUGGAUCUCCCUCAAGUUCUUCUACAUGACUUCUGAAUUGAGCGUGCUAACUUUCGCUUUGCUAUUUGGCCAUCUUGAUAGCUCAACUAGUAUCAGAAGGGCCCUCGUCGCAACUUUAUUAAUCAGCCUUGCUCAUACUGGUAUCCAGUCUGUGUUGGAAUUAAAACUUAUUGAUCAGUCAAUCGCCGACGGUUUCUUCGACCUUCAUUCAGAAGGGGGAUUACUGUUCUGGUUGCUUACUUCUGCCGCUUUUGCUUUGGUAUACCUUUUCGUCCUUUGCUUGCCAAUCACAUGCGUCAGAAGAUAUGUGACUCUACCAAGCAAAUGCUCUUUUUACCUAUACUGCAUGAUGCUGUCAUUCUUGAAUAUCCUUCAAGCGCUCGGAGCCCUUUUGCUAUUCCUUCUUUCCUCCGACGGAAUGUGGUACGGUGUUCUGUUCAAUAUUUUCUCCAACUAUGCUUUUGGAUUCACGCACCCAAGUUCAAGUACUGGCAACAGUCUGUUUUCCUACAGAAAACAGCGUGAUGAGCAUGGCUCUGGAGAUCUGCCUGAUUCAUAUUUCCCCCGCUUUUCUGGCCUUACUUCGCCGUCCUACGACGACCUCUUCGAUUGUUCUCCACGUUUCGGCGCCGUCACAUAUUCGGGCGCCCCAUUAAUGCUUUCCACAGCCGAAACAGCUGAAUCAACUGUAACGACGAGAACGGGCUCUGAUGAAUGGGAAGCAAGAUAUUCUGGAUUAUGGGAGCCUAACGUCGAGACGCGACAUCUGAAAGGUCUUGGCGCCAAUGGAAGCCUCGUGUUCGACGACGACGUAUACCCUCGGUGGCACCGCUAG